AGCUUUCAGUGUGAUGGUUGUGGCGAUGUUGUAAAAAAGCCUAAAUUGCCUUCUCAUCGUUGUCGCUCAACAUUUUCUUGCAUCGAUUGCUCUGUUACUUUCCAAGGUCGUGCUUGGGAAACACAUACCUCAUGUAUAACUGAAGCCGAAAAGUUCCAAAAACACAUUUAUCAAAACAAGGUAACACCCUUCAUUUAUAUAUAUGAUCAUUUUAUUUAUAUUAUUUGCAGGCCCAAGGUAACGGUCAAAACAAUCAAAAGAACAAUAAAAAAGCCGGCAAGAAUCAAAAUGGCAACAGUACCAAUGACAAGAAAGAAGAUAAGCCUGUUUCACUCAUUGAUCAAUUGAAAAAGAGAAAAAAUGAAGAUGAAGCUAAAGAAGAAAGCGAAUCCAAGAAGCAAAAGACUGAGGAAAAGAAGAAGGAUAAGAAAAAGAAGAAUGGCUCGACAGAUUGGAAAUCAAUUGAACUGGAUAAAGAUGUAUCAACGAAUCUAAAGCUUGCAUUGAAGCAUGUACUGAAGGAUGGGCCAAUUAGCAUACGUGAUGCCAAAAAGAAAGCAAUAAACUUAAUUGAAAAGCACCCUAAGUACAAAAAGGACGAAGAUUUGAAAAAGACAUUUGAUAAAGUGCUCAAAAUUACCCUUGUAGACGACACUGUUACAUUCUUGUAAAAAAAAAACUUGAAAAGUGAAUAAAUCAUGACUACAUUGUAUAAAACAUAAUGAAAAACACUAUUAG